UGUCACAAUGACAAUGCAAUAUUUUGCAUAUUCUUGGAUACGACACCAAUCAGAAAGUAACCCGUUCAAAAUUCUGGCUAAAAAGUUUCCCAGAAAUUUAUUCAAGUAAUUAAAAAGUGUUCAAAGUGAUCCUGACAAAUGGCUACCCCGGAAAUUCCCCCCUUCGUCCAAGUACCCAGUGGGGACGGGCAGAGUGACGAAAUUACCACAAUUCUCACCAUUUUAGAAAAAAGAUUGCCUAAAUCGUGUUUUAUUUACAACGCUGUAAAAAUGGCUCCUCGAUUUCCUCAUCAUACGAAAAUAUUUUACAUGAAUCCGAAAUCUUCCUGUGCUCGGACGGAAGUUCAUUCACAUUCUUGGAUCGUUUUAACCCACAUGACUGAAGAUCACGGCCAAAACAUUCUAAUCUCUUCGCCAUCCUCGCUUAAAUAUUCGUCCCUCGAAAAGGCCGCGCUCGUCGAAACGUUCGCGUCAUGCAGCGCUUUCAACUGGGAAGAGCCGCACUGGUUCAUCGCCCUGGACGCCUACGUGGCCCGAAUCAUCACCAAGGUCAGCACAGAGGUCAAACGUCACAACAUCGAAACCUACCCAGAUACUUUAAUGUACAUGGAAAAAGAUGAUGACGCCAUGGCGCAAAAAUUGGAGGGUGAGCUGGACGAGGCGGCACGAAAUUAUCCUACCAUUCAAAUCAAACCGUUAGACGUCACCCACGGGACACAGUUUAUUUCCUCCACGUGGAAAUGCGCCACGCCAAAGACGCACCUGCCCGUGGCCAGAUUUCUGCAGAAUAACGUAUCCGGUGGAGUUUACUUGGCCGGAAGUGAGGCGCUCCCCGUGAGUGGGAUCCUCCUCCACGCGGACGGCCUGCUCAGCAUGCUCCACACUUCGGAGGCCCACCGGGGGAAAGGAUUCGCAAAAUUCGCGAUGAAAUUAGCGACUAAAGAAAUCCUCAAAUCGGGGCUUUUUCCAGCGUCUUCCGUCGACCCGUGGAACACGCCCUCGCUCAAGACUCAUGACCAGCUUGGGUUUAAAAACGCAGGCUUGGUCUUCUGGAUUAUGUAUGAACUGAGCAAAGAAAAAUUGGCGGUGCUAAAUCAGCAAUGAUUUAAUCGACAAAAUAUGCAGUAAAUAAACAUGCAAAAAUAUGUACGUACAUUUGUAAAAUAUAAUUGGAAAAUUUACAGUCAUGAAUCAACAAUAUAAGCAAAAAUAACUAUGUACAAACACGUAUGUAAAAACUAAUCCGAAAAUUUAAAAAUAUGUGCAAAAACAUGUAUGCAAAAAAUGUACGUAUAUUUGCAAAAAUAUGGGGAAAAUUGGCAGUCAUUAAUCAACAAUAUAAACAAAAAUAAAUAUGUAUGUACAAACACGUAUGUCAUAUGUAUGCAAAAAA